AUGCGAAGCUGGCCAGGAGGAGCCCAAAGAAGGCCAAAGGCAAAAAGCGAACGGCACCGGAGUCCCUUCCGAGCGACAGCGCGAGAGACGGUGAAAAAGGAGGCGGGCCGACAGCGAAGAAGCGCCGGAGAAAGGCCAAGAAGAUCAAGGAGGCUGUCGGAGACACGAAUUCGAAGGAGGGCCAGGGUGAGGAGACGGAGGCAGCUCAAGAGGAGAUGCCGGAGCUCUCCUUCGCCCUCGGGGAGGAAGACACGGUGCUUCUUGAGGCGGAGGCCCAGGCUGAGGAUGCCAAGGACCGGGAGCUGCGGAACCAGCGGAAGGUGA